CAGAAAUUUGUAUGCGCAAAGAAAAACAAAACAAUACUGAUUUUAUUACUAAUUGUAUACAUAUCGAUAGUCACCCGAAGAUAUCGAAAAGCAUGUGCGAUAACUAUUGAUUUUUCGUAUACAGCAGUUAGAAAAAACGAAAAAUGGGUGCCGCUUUCUUUCCCGUGCUGUUCUUCACCGCCUUGUGGGGCGGAGUGGGCAUCGCCAUGCCCAUAAUGACCCCAAAGGGACCUCAUCAGAACCUGAUCCGCUGCAUCCUGAUGCUGACCGCCGCCUGCUGCUGGCUCUUCUGGCUAUGCUGCUACAUGGCCCAAAUGAAUCCCUUGAUUGGGCCCAAGCUGAAGCGCGAUGUGGUGGCCAUGAUCGGGAGGUCCUGGAACAACCCAAUUGUGGCUGGUUAGGAAAUUACAGUGACUGCUAACUAAAUUAUGCUUGAGUAAUAGCCACUUUAGUUGUUUGAAUUACGUUGUAAAUAAAAAGUGCAAGUAUCACUGGUUCUGUUAAC